AUGGCAGCCAAGGACACCCCCGGCACGCACACGGCGGGCAAGAUUACCGACUGGGUCAAGCCCGGCGACACGUCGGGCGAGUUUAAGCGCCAGCAGAGCUCCUUCCGCAACUGGAUCUCGCGCGAGCCCGGCGCCAAGUUCCCGCCUGAGAAGGGCAGGUAUCACUUGUACGUGAGCUAUGCCUGCCCGUGGGCUACUCGCACGCUCAUUGCGCGCAAGCUGAAGGGGCUGGAUGAUGUCAUCUCGUUUUCGUCGGUGCAUUGGCAUCUGGGUUCCAAGGGCUGGCGCUUCCCCACGCCCGAGGAUACCGACUCCGAAGGGGAGAACGUCAUCCCGGACCCCGUCCCGGGGCAUGAGGGUUUCACCCAUCUCCGGGACAUCUACUUCCAGGCGAACCCGUCGUACGAGGGGCGCUUUACCGUGCCCGUGCUGUACGACAAGAAGACGCAGACCAUCGUCAACAACGAGAGCAGUGAGAUUCUGCGCAUGUUUGGGACGGAGUUCAACGACCUCAUCGACGAAAAGUACCGCGGCGUCGACUUCUACCCAGAGAAUCUGCGGGCGCAGAUCGACGAAACGCACGAGUGGCAGUACGACAAGAUCAACAACGGCGUGUACAAGUCGGGUUUUGCCACGACCCAGGAGGCCUACGAGCGCAACGUCGUCGCCUUGUUUGAGGCCCUGGACCGCGCCGAAGCGCACCUCAAGCAGACGGCAAGCGAGGGGCCGUACUGGUUUGGCCAGACCCUCACCGAGGUCGAUAUCCGGCUCUUUGUAACAAUCAUCCGCUUCGACCCCGUCUACGUGCAGCACUUCAAGUGCAACCUCAAGGACAUCCGCUCGGGCUACCCGGCCCUGCAUGCCUGGAUGCGCCACCUGUACUGGACCGUCCCCGCCUUCCGCGAUACGACCAACUUCUUGCACAUCAAGAACCACUACACCCGGUCGCACACCCAGAUCAACCCGCUGUCCAUCACCCCGCUCGGGCCCGUGCCGGAUAUCCUGCCGCUGGGCGACGAGGUUGCUGCUGCAGGCGGCAAGGCUUAG